GUCACCGUCAAUGUUGAAGACCUUGCGCGUCUCGACGAAGGUGAGUUCCUGAAUGACACCAUCCUCAGCUUCGCGCUGCGCGAGAUCGAAGAGUCAAUGGAUACCCGCCGGCGGCAGGAGAUCCACAUGUUCAACACAUUUUUCUACACUGCGCUCUCGACCAAGCUUGGAAGGAAGGCUUUCAACUUCGAAGCUGUGAAGAAGUGGACGAACAAAGUCAAUAUCUUCGAAUUCCCAUAUGUCGUUGUGCCGAUAAAUGUCAGCCAACAUUGGUUCUGCAACGCACUGGGUCCUGUAAUCAUAACAUUGGACUCUCUGGGCCUCACGCGCUCUGCAGAAAUCCGAUACCUCAAGGACUACAUCGUGGCUGAAGCCAACGACAAACUUGGCAUCGCUCUUAAUCCGAAGGACAUCUCAGGGUGGACGGCAAAGAGCAUCCCACAGCAAACCAAUUUCUGUGAUUGCGGUGUUCUUGUCGUUGAAUAUAUUCGAGCGCUCGCACAAGAUCCCCACGGAUUCGUGAAAGAAAUGUUACGGCUU